UGUCCCUUGUAUAUGAAACAUGCUAAAUGACCUUCCUUUCGCUUUGCAGGGGUGUUGAUCUAUCACUGAUGGGAUCUUACAGACUUCUGUUGCCUCAUGGUCUUUAAUGCCUCCAUGGAGAUCAUCCAGGCCUCCCAGGUUUCCUUGCUACCCCAGGAAGCCUCUACGGCUACCUGGAGCAACAACUCUGUCCCCGCCCUCCACCACUUCCUGCUUCUCUCCAAUUCCUCUGAAUCUCUUCUCAGCUUCACCCAGACCGACAACUCUUUCCUUUUGAACAGCACCUGUCAGAACUGCAGCAAACCCGACCUAUCUCUCCCUGGUUUGGCGGGAAUCUUCAUCCCUCUUAUCUACGGACUAGUGUGUGUUGUUGGUCUGCUUGGCAACACUCUGGUCAUCCACGUUAUUGUCAACCACACCAAGAAUGAGUCCGUCACCAACAUCUACAUCCUCAAUUUAGCCAUUGCAGAUGAGCUGUUUAUGCUCAGCCUGCCCUUCCUGGCGGUGCAGAACGCUCUGCUCUCUUGGCCCUUCGGCUCUCUAAUGUGCCGCGUUGUCAUGACAGUAGACGCCAUCAACCAGUUCACCAGCAUUUUCUGCCUGACUGUGAUGUCUGUAGACCGCUACCUGGCCGUGGUGCACCCCAUUCGUUCGUCCUGGUGGCGGCGCCCCCGACUGGCCAAGGCUAUCAGCGCUACAGUUUGGGCCGGGUCGUUUGUGGUGGUGCUGCCGGUGGUGGUGUUUGCAGAUGUAUUGAAAGAAUAUGGGAACUGCACCAUAGUGUGGCCUGAGCCAGCAGCGGUGUGGAAGACGUCUUUCAUCGUCUAUACGUGCACUGUGGGCUUCUUCUGCCCCCUGCUGGUCAUCUGCUUGUGCUACCUGCUGAUCGUCAUCAAGGUACGCAGUGUUGGAAAACGUGCCCAGGCCACUUCCUCUCGGCGCAGGAAGUCGGAGCGUAAAAUCACCAGGAUGGUUGUUGUGGUGGUGGUGGUGUUCGUCCUGUGCUGGCUACCGUUCUACGCCCUCAACAUCGCCAAUCUCCUGAUGGUCCUGCCGGGAGACUUCAGGGGGCUUUAUUUUUUUGUAGUGGUGCUGUCAUAUGCCAACAGCUGUGCCAAUCCCAUCUUGUACGGAUUCCUCUCCGACAAUUUCAAGAGAGGCUUCAGGAAGGCCCUGUGCCGUACUUCACGCAGGGUGAAGAACAAUGACAAGGUCGGCACUGAGUUGCAGCGACCCACCGAGGAGUGGGGCGGCAUCGUGCUCCAAACGCAAAGAAUCGAAGGAGCCACCAAUAUGCAGAGUAAAGACUGCGACUGCAGCGACAAAGAAGAAGAGGAGGAAAUCAACAGAGCAGAGGGAAGCAUACAGAUGAGUGACGUACUGAGAAUUUCACAAAAUGGUAACGUGACGGAGGACAGCAGGACGCAGGCCGUGCAGAGGGCGAAGCGUGAGCCGGAGAACUCAGGACACGGAGAACAGGUCCGCAAAGGUCCAGGCUUUGAUCCGGCUGAGGGAGUGUCGUCUUUGGCCAGUAGGAGUGGAAACAGCAGAUCUCGACCUGAAGCAUACAUGGAUGAAAACUCAGCGCUUGAAAUCAGCUAUUUGUAA